GCUGCAUUUCCUGCUUUUUUUGGCCGCUCUUCCAUCACCGAAGAAGCGGCUUGGGAAUGUCUCAGCAGCGGCUCUAAGGAAGGAACGGAGACGGAGCUCACUGCGCGGCCAUCCUGUCCAUCUUUAUGUAGUGCUUGUUCUGCUACCUUACAUUUAUAUUUUGUGGCCAUUCGUUUUAACGGAAGUGGAGGAUGAGCCUCUCGACGCGUGUCAAGACCAGGCGGACUGAGGCCAGCCUCGGAGCCGAAAGGGAGCACUUUGACAAACAGCAGCUGAGCAGCAUCAGCAAAGCCAUCAACUCUACUGAGACGCCUGUGAAGGAGAAACAUGCACGACGCAUCAUCCUGGGCACCCACAGGGAGAAGGGGGCCUUUACGUUCUGGUCCUAUGCGCUAGGCUUCCCCCUGGCCAGCAGCUCCAUCCUCAGCUGGAAGUUCUGCCAUGUGCUGCACAAAGUGCUGCGUGACGGACACCGCAAUGUGUUACAAGACUGCAUGCGGCAUAACAGCUCAAUUGUGGAAAUUGGACAGCUUUGGGGCAACCUCCAUGACAGAUAUGGCCAGCUGGUGGCGAUCUAUUCCAAACUGCUCGAUACCAAAAUGAGGUUUCAUGCCAAGCAUACCGAAAUCCCAGCCAACUUGGAGGCCACGGAUGAGGUGCUGGAGCGCGUUGCGGGAACAGAUGUCAACAAUGUGUUCCAGCUGACAGUGGAGGUGUUUGAUUACAUGGACGUCGAAUUGAAGUUGGCUGAGACAGUGCUCCGACAGCUCAACUCGUCCAUUGCCAUCUCCUCACUGACGUCAGGCCAGUGUCGCCUGUCGCCGCUCGUACAGGUCAUCCAGGACUGCAGUCAACUCUACCAUUUUAUGGUCAAGCUGCUGUUCAAGCUGCACGCCUGCCUCCCCGCUGACACUUUACAAGGACACCGGGACCGCUUCCGUGACCAGUUCCAGAGCCUGAAGUCGUUCUUCAGCAGAGCCAGAGAAAUGCACUACUUCAAGAGGCUCAUUCAGAUCCCCAGACUGCCUGACUCACCACCAAAUUUCCUGCACGCGGCUGCCUUGGCCAAGCACGUGAAGCCUGUGGUGGUCAUCGGGGACGACGACGACGGAGAUGAUGAUGACGACGAUGUCGAGACGCUCAUCGACAUCAGUGACAGCCCGCAGCAGGCCAGCGUGCCGCAGCCCGACAUAUUUGAUCAGGCUUUCGGGCCGCCCAACGGGGCCUUUGACGACAGAGACCUCCAAAUAGAGACCCUGAAACGGGAUAUGGAGCAGCUCAGAGCAGAAUUGGAUAGGGUGAAAGCAGAGGCCCAGCGUUAUAUCACGCAGCUCAAAUCCCAGAUCAACAGCUUGGAGGCAGAGCUAGAGGAGCAGCGGGCGCAGAAGCAACGUGCGCUGCUGGAGAACGAGCAGCUUCGCAUGGCGAUGGAGGUCGCGCGCCGCCGGAACGCAGAGCACGAAAGCCUGCAGAGCACCUUCAUAGAGGCUGAUCAAAGAUCCCAGGCCACAGAGCAGCGCUACAAUAAACUGAAAGAGAAGCACACCGAGUUGGUGGCCAGCCAUGCGGAACUACUUCGAAAGAGUGCAGACACCGUAAGGAUGCUGUCGGCCACCCAGCAAACACAGGAGGAAGUGGAGAGGACUAAACUGCAGCUGUCCUUUGAGGUGGAUCGGAUCAGGCAGGAAGCUGACUUGAAGCUAGAGGAGCAGAAGUUUGAGAUGGAGAAGCUAAGGAGAGAACUGUUAGAGAAGGUGGCCGAAAUAACACGCAUCAACGCCACGCUGCAGAGCACUGAGCAGAGUUCAGCACAAAUGAACGGCUCCAUGACCGCUCUGCAGGCAGAGAAGGAGAGACUGAUGCGCUCGGUGAGUGAGAAGGAGGCGGAGCUUUCAUCCGUACGCCAGACCGCACAGCUGCAGCAAUCCACCGUUUUGCACGAACGAGAUAAGAGCAGCAAGGAGCUCAGCGAUCUGCAGGCCAAACUCAAGGAGAAGGCCAGACAAGAAGAGCUGCUAAAACAAAAGCUUCUGGAUGAGCAGUUUGCGAUGCUACAAGGAACAGUGUCAGAGGCUGAGCACAUCAUUCAAGAUGCCGUGGCCAAGCUGGAUGAUCCUCUUCACAUCCGAUGCACCAGUUCUCCAGAUUACCUAAUAAGUCGAGCAGAGGCAACAUUGAGCUCCAUUGAUAAGAUGAAAAAAGGCCAAGCAGAUUAUGUAAAGAACAUGAAUGAUGCUGGAGGGUUGCUGAGGUCGCUGACCCAGUUCUCUCACUGUGCUGCUGACACCAUCAUCAAUGGCAGCGCUACAGCACACAUGGCGCCCACUGACCACGCUGAUCGUCUGACGGAGAACUGCAGAGGCUGUGCCACUCAGGCUCUGCAGUACUUGAGGGAGCUGAAGUCCAAGGGUACCCUCCAGAGAGCCGACCCGGCCUCCAUUAAAAUCAUCGUCCAUAAGAUCUUGAGUUUGGGCCAGGAACUGCGACCAAAAAGCCUGGAUGUGCGUCAGGAGGAGCUGGGAGAUCUGGUGGACAAAGAAAUGGCCGCAACAUCAGCAGCCAUCGAGGAAGCUGUCCGCAGGAUAGCUGAAAUGAUGAAUCAAGCCCGAAAGGACACGUCAGGCAUAAAGUUGGAAGUCAAUGAAAGAAUUCUAAAAAGCUGCACAAACCUAAUGGAGGCCAUUCGCAUGCUGAUCAUCACCUCCACUGACCUGCAGAAAGAGAUAGUUGAGGGCGGAAGGGGUGCAGCAUCCAUCAAGGAGUUCUACGCCAGGAACUCCCGCUGGACAGAAGGCCUCAUUUCUGCUGCCAAGGCCGUCGGAUGGGGGGCCACGGAGAUGGUGGAUUCUGCUGACAAAGUGGUGCUGCACACCGGUAAAUACGAAGAACUGAUCGUCUGCUCUCAUGAGAUCGCUGCCAGCACAGCACAGCUGGUUGCUGCUUCAAAGGUUAAAGCCAACCGUCACAGCAAGAAGCUGACGAUGCUCCAACAGGCAUCUCGCCAUGUCAACGAGAUGGCAGCUAACGUGGUGGCCUCCACCAGGACGGGCCAGGAAAACAUGGAGGAGAAGGAGCCGAUGGAUUUCUCUGGAAUGUCGCUCAUCAAAUUGAAAAAAGAAGAAAUGGAGUCGCAGGUAAUGUUUAUAACUCAUUGUAUGUUUAUAUAUUAUACAUGUAUUUGAAACAGAUUUUACAUUUAAAUUAUUUUUUGUCAUUGGAA